UUGAUUACAACCGGAUUACAAAAAAAAACCUAUCUUAAUGUCCCUCAAAUCCACUCAUUGACUAACCAUUCAAUAUAUAAAGAUAUAACUCUCCCCUUUCGUCGUCUUCUUAUUCUUCUCCAUCAAUUUCUUGAAUCUCAAGAUGCACGCCAAAACUGACUCAGAGGUAACAAGCCUCGCUGCUUCAUCGCCGACUAGAUCUCCCCGUAGACCGGCAUACUACGUCCAGUCUCCGUCACGUGAUUCCCACGAUGGAGAGAAGACAGCAACAUCAUUCCACUCCACGCCGGUUCUUAGCCCGAUGGGAUCACCUCCGCAUUCUCACUCCUCUUCUAGCCGCUUCUCCAAGAUCAACGGCUCUAAGCGCAAACCUCACGCCGGAGAGAAGAAGUUCGCCAUGAUUGAAGAAGAAGGUUUGCUCCAUGAUGGAGACAAAGAAGAAGAAGGUUUGCCUCGUCGAUGCUAUGUAUUAGCCUUCAUUGUUGGAUUCUCCUUGCUCUUUGCUUUCUUCUCUUUGAUUCUUUAUGCAGCUGCUAAACCUCAGAAACCAAAGAUCUUAGUCAAGAGUAUAACAUUUGAGCAACUUAAGGUCCAAGCAGGACAAGAUGCUGGAGGAAUAGGAACCGACAUGAUCACGAUGAAUGCGACAUUGAGAAUGAUGUAUAGAAACACUGGUACUUUCUUUGGUGUCCAUGUCACUUCUUCUCCGAUCGAUCUUAGUUUCUCUCAGAUCACAAUCGGUUCUGGAACUGUUAAGAAAUUUUACCAGUCGAGAAAAAGCGAAAGAACGGUACUGGUGAAUGUGAUUGGGGACAAGACUCCUCUUUACGGAAGUGGUUCUACUUUAGUUCCACCACCACCUCCUGCACCGAUUCCAACAAAAAGCAAGAAGAAGAAAGGACCAAUCGUGAUCGUCGAGCCACCGGCACCUCCUGCUCCGGUGCCAAUGAGGUUGAACUUCACCGUUAGAUCUCGGGCUUACGUGUUGGGGAAGUUAGUUCAGCCCAAGUUCUACAAGAGAAUCGUGUGUUUGAUUAACUUUGAACACAAGAAACUCAGUAAACAUAUUGCCCUCACGAAUAACUGCUCCGUCACUGCCCUUUGAAGCGAAAAAAACAAAAUUUGCUAGUGCGAACGAUGUAUUUGAGUGAUUAUGAUUCGCCGAGAGAUUUUUUGUUAAUGAUACACUGAAUGAGAAAAUUCACAUUUUUGCUAUUUGUUUUUCUAUAAUGCGAAAUAUCGAUCUCAAAAAAUUUUAAUAUUCAAAUUUUGUAAAGCUAUUCGGAGCAUAUGUCUAACACGACAUGGUAAAACAAAUGGGCA